UUCAGCUUGUCAAGAUGGAGACGAUCAGGAGGCAUUCUGAGCUUCAUUUUGCCCCUGGGGAGGCACGUGCACAGGGUUAAGAGGCGCCCCACGGGCGUCCUCAGGGGAAGUCCCGCACUGCGAACAAAGGUUUGGGGACCUCUCUUUCCAGAACGCAUAAGCCCUGCGCUCUCGCGGCCGCUGGUGCGGUGCAGCCAUUGGCAGGAGGAGAACAUCGGACCGCAGCGCCUUGCCCCGCCUGCGACACCCGCUCCGGGCGCAAGACAGGUGGGCUGGGGAAGGAAGGAUCCGCGAGCCGCCGAGCGACGUUGGAGGUCUGCGCAAGGACCAUGGGCGCCACGCUGGGCACGGGCGCGCGGCUGGCGCUCCUUCGGGGCCAGGCCUGCGGCGGCGUCCCGCGCUGGACGCCCUCCGCGCCCGCCCGCGGCUGCCACUCCAAAUCCGGCCCGGCUCGCUCCGUGCCCCUGAAGAAGCGCGGAUACGAUGUCACCAGAAACCCGCAUCUCAACAAGGGGAUGGCCUUUACACUGGAAGAAAGGCUGCAGCUUGGAAUCCACGGCCUGAUCCCCCCCUGCUUCCUGAGCCAGGACGUCCAGCUCCUUCGGAUCAUGAGAUACUACGAGCGGCAGCAGAGCGACCUGGACAAGUACAUCAUUCUCAUGACACUCCAGGACCGGAACGAGAAGCUCUUCUACCGCGUGCUGACGUCAGAUGUGGAGAAAUUCAUGCCCAUCGUGUACACUCCCACCGUGGGGCUGGCCUGUCAGCACUACGGCCUGACCUUCCGCAGGCCCCGUGGGCUGUUCAUCACCAUUCAUGACAAGGGCCACCUUGCAACAAUGCUGAACUCUUGGCCAGAAGAUGAUAUUAAGGCUGUGGUGGUGACGGACGGCGAGCGCAUCCUGGGCCUGGGAGAUCUGGGCUGCUACGGCAUGGGCAUCCCCGUGGGCAAGCUGGCCUUGUACACAGCGUGCGGAGGGGUCAGCCCACAGCAGUGCCUCCCCGUCCUGCUGGAUGUGGGCACCAACAAUGAGGAGCUGCUCAAAGACCCUCUGUACAUCGGGCUGAAACACCAGCGCGUGCGUGGGAAGGAGUACGAUGAUCUGCUGGACGAGUUCAUGCAAGCUGUGACGGACAAGUUUGGAAUAAAUUGCCUCAUCCAGUUCGAGGACUUUGCCAAUGCCAACGCCUUCCGUCUGCUCCACAAAUACCGCAACAAGUACUGCAUGUUCAACGAUGACAUCCAAGGCACGGCCUCUGUCGCUGUGGCAGGGAUCCUAGCUGCUCUGCGAAUCACCAAGAACAAGCUCUCCAAUCACGUGUUUGUUUUUCAAGGUGCGGGUGAGGCAGCCAUGGGUAUUGCCCACCUCCUUGUCAUGGCCCUAGAGAAAGAAGGCGUACCCAAGGCAGAGGCCACAAAGAAGAUCUGGAUGGUGGACUCCAAGGGGCUCAUUGUCAAGGGGAGGAGCCACCUGAACCACGAGAAGGAGAUGUUUGCCCAGGACCAUCCUGAAGUGAGCAGCCUGGAGGAGGUGGUGAGGCUGGUGAAACCCACGGCCAUCAUAGGUGUUGCUGCCAUCGCAGGAGCCUUCACGGAGCAGAUUCUGAGGGACAUGGCCUCCUUCCACGAGCGCCCUAUCAUCUUUGCCCUGAGCAACCCCACCAGCAAGGCCGAGUGCACAGCUGAGAAGUGCUACCGGGUCACUGAGGGCCGAGGGAUCUUUGCCAGCGGAAGUCCUUUUAAGAGCGUGACUCUGGAAGAUGGCAGGACCUUCAUUCCUGGGCAAGGAAACAAUGCCUAUGUGUUCCCAGGAGUGGCUCUGGGAGUCAUUGCUGGUGGCGUUCGGCACAUCCCAGACGAGAUCUUCCUCCUGACGGCAGAGAUACAGUGAUCAUCCUGAUGGGAUACCCAGGAAAGUAAGGCACAGAGGGUUUAAUCCGUGCCCCAGGUCACCAGGCGCGUGAGCAACAGCACCAGGAGGGCCCCAGAGGAUUUCCUCCAAGCUGCAGCAGAGCCUCGCCAGUGCCCAGCGUCUGAGAAGGGACGGCCAGCCACCAUCCUGCUCUUCAGUCCGCAGGAGGACUCCUCCAGAUGCAGAUCUCGCCAUGGACCUCCUGCUUCACUCUGGUCCCAUCUUCCAUACCUCCCCCAAGAAAAUCCUUGAAACCCAGAGCAGUUCAUCUCUCUCCUCAUUUUAGACAUAUGAAUGGCUCCUCAAUGCUUACAGGGUAAAACCCAAACUCCUUCAUACAGUUUCCAUCUAAGGCAUGUUAUCGCCAGGCCCUUUUUUUCUCUCCAGCCUUCAGCCUCGCCCUCCCAUUGACCAAGCCAAUGUUCUUCUUACAAUCUAGAACUCAUGCUCCCUCCUGCUGCCUCUCUCCAAGAAAUUGCAUGUGCUGUUGCCUCUCCCUUUUCGAGUAAUUCAUCCUCUGUCCCAUCUCCUGGGAAGCUUUCCUGUACAUGGCCGACCAGGCCCUGCCUUCCUCUGUGCCUAUGUGCACCCUCUGCUUGCACUCACUUCCGUGUUAUAACUGUUGUACCUGUUAGUCAUUGUCCACUACCUCCAGACUACAGGAGGAGAAUGGCUUCUCUGCCACAGACCCUCAGCAACAAGCGCAGAGCCCAGCGUAUCCUAGAGCUCAGUUAGUGUUUGAAUGAAUGAGCGGAAAGGAGAGAUAGGAGCAGGGAAAUGAGGCGGAAGAGGAGGAAGCCCACGUCCCUGAGGUCAGCCAGACUCUGAGGCAAGACCAGCUGCUCUGGCUCAUCCAUUCUGGGACACAUUUUUCAGAGAGCACCACGGCUCUUCCCAGCUUUAACUCUGACACAAGAUGACUGGGUGGGAGUGGAUUCAGAGCCGGCACAUAACAGAGGCUGUUCCACAAGGCUGGCUGAGCUCCAGCGUCUGAGGCUGGAGGAGACGACUUGAGGUGGAGAAUGGGGCCUCAGAGACCGGCUCUGAACCGGGGAAGGUGUGGGAGGUGCUGUUCCCAGGAUGCUGGCAUUCGCUGUCACUCACCUGCGGAAGAAGGCUUUGCUCAGGACUGGAAGGGCGAGCAGCAGGAGCUCUGCACACAGGGAAACAAGAUGGCGUAGGUGGGCACCCACGAUGUUACUAAGCACAGGGGAGAGGCUGGAACUCGGGGAGGGUCUGAGCGAUCUCUAUGCAAUAGGCUGAACCAGCCAUGGGGAGAUCCUAGAGUCUGCUUCACAAGUCUCAAGUGUAUUCGUCUCAGUCUUCGUGAAUCUCCUUUAGAAUUUAGGGUCCAUGUAGUUUAAUCUCUCAGUCAAUCUCACAGUACAGAAAGGAUGUGUCCUUGCUUAGAAGCCCAAGCAUGGGGGUGCCUGUGUGGCUCAGCUGGUUAAGCGUCCGACUCUUGAUUUCCGCUCAGGUCAUGAUCUCAGGGUCA